CUUCUCUUCUUCCCCGAAACCCUACCCUCCCCUCUUUUCUUAUUUUUUGGGUUCUCGCUGUUGCACUCCUCACAACACCAAACUUCCGUCACAAUGAGCAGAUCAGGGCAGCCUCCAGAUCUCAAAAAGUACAUGGACAAGAAGCUCCAGAUCAAGCUGAAUGCAAAUCAGAUGGUUGUUGGUACACUUCGUGGGUUUGAUCAGUUUAUGAAUCUAGUGGUUGACAACACUGUGGAAGUGAAUGGCAAUGAAAAAACUGACAUUGGCAUGGUGGUGAUCAGAGGAAAUAGUGUCGUUACUGUUGAAGCCCUUGAACCCGUUGGCAGAAUGCAGUGAUUCUGGUCUUUCCAUUGAAUUUCAGUUGAUGCAUCUCCUCAUCCUGUUGUUUCGAUAACAUCACUACCAGUCUUCUAGUAAGGGAUUGUAAUUGUUAUGUAAUUGAAAAUUCGUAGGAAUUUAGAUGGAUCUCCAUGGAUUCUGCUCUUUCAUUUCCAAACUGUACCUGGUGGAUUUCCCUUUUAUGCAAUUUCGAAUGGAUUUAAUUGAAAGUAGAGAAUGGUUACAGCAAAACUUGUUCUU